CUAAAUCCAAAGUGCGCGUUAAUUCGCUGUGUACAUUUUAAAAUAGGCCGACAGAUUAAGAGUUUAACCAUCCCGGGCGAAGGCUUCCUUAAGCCCUUGCUCAGAAGGUCAUGUCUGAGCGGAGCUCGCUGGAGAAGAAGUAGCUAGCUGACACUGACAGCAGCUAACGUUAGCACUUAGCUGCCCUCCGUCCGACUGCAAACAUGCAGGAAUGGGCCAACCAACUAUGCGAGAAUCGACAAUUUGGAUCCAAGAUGACAGACUCCAAAUAUUUCACCACCACCAAGAAAGGUGAGAUCUUUGAGUUGAAGGCUGAGCUGAACAGUGAUAAAAAAGAGAAAAAGAAGGAGGCAGUGAAAAAGGUUAUUGCAUCCAUGACAGUUGGCAAGGAUGUCAGUGCCCUCUUUCCCGAUGUUGUGAACUGCAUGCAAACAGACAACCUGGAACUGAAAAAACUGGUCUACCUCUAUCUAAUGAACUAUGCCAAGAGUCAGCCAGACAUGGCCAUCAUGGCUGUAAAUACCUUUGUCAAGGAUUGUGAAGACCCUAAUCCUUUGAUUCGAGCCCUGGCUGUUCGUACCAUGGGCUGCAUCCGUGUGGACAAGAUCACAGAAUACUUGUGUGAGCCCCUGAGAAAGUGUUUAAAGGACGAGGACCCCUAUGUGAGGAAAACUGCAGCUGUGUGUGUAGCAAAACUCCAUGAUAUCAACGCACAGCUGGUGGAGGAUCAGGGCUUCCUGGAUACCCUCAAAGACCUAAUCUCGGAUUCUAAUCCCAUGGUGGUUGCAAAUGCAGUGGCAGCGCUGUCAGAGAUUGCAGAGUCUCAUCCCAACAGCAAUCUAUUGGACCUGAAUCCUCAGACCAUCAACAAGUUACUGACUGCUUUAAAUGAGUGCACAGAGUGGGGUCAGAUCUUUAUUCUUGACUGUCUGGCUAAUUACACACCUCGAGAUGACCGCGAGUCUCAAAGCAUCUGUGAGCGUGUCACACCACGGCUAUCCCAUGCAAACUCUGCUGUGGUGUUGUCUGCUGUAAAAGUCUUGAUGAAAUUCAUGGAGAUGUUGCCUAAAGACCUGGACUAUUAUGGAACCCUGCUGAAGAAGCUGGCCCCUCCUCUUGUCACUCUCCUCUCUGCAGAGCCUGAGUUGCAAUAUGUAGCGCUGAGAAACAUCAACCUCAUUGUACAGAGACGGCCUGAGAUCCUGAAACAUGAGAUGAAAGUUUUCUUUGUGAAGUACAAUGACCCCAUCUAUGUCAAACUGGAGAAGCUGGACAUCAUGAUCCGUUUAGCAUCACAAGCUAACAUCGCCCAGGUGCUGGCUGAGCUGAAGGAAUAUGCCACUGAGGUGGAUGUGGACUUUGUCCGUAAAGCCGUUCGAGCCAUUGGACGGUGUGCUAUCAAAGUAGAGCAAUCCGCAGAGCGCUGUGUAAGCACACUGCUCGACCUCAUCCAGACCAAGGUUAACUAUGUGGUGCAGGAGGCCAUUGUUGUCAUCAAGGAUAUCUUUCGCAAGUAUCCUAACAAGUAUGAGAGUGUGAUUGCCACUUUGUGUGAAAAUCUAGACUCACUUGAUGAGCCCGAGGCACGUGCAGCCAUGAUUUGGAUUGUGGGCGAGUACGCAGAGCGCAUCGAUAACGCUGACGAACUGCUGGAGAGCUUUUUGGAAGGUUUCCACGAUGAAAGCACUCAGGUGCAGUUGCAACUUUUAACCGCCAUUGUUAAGUUGUUCCUAAAGAAACCAACAGAGACCCAAGAGCUGGUGCAGCAGGUGCUCAGUCUGGCAACUCAGGACUCUGACAAUCCAGACCUUAGGGAUCGUGGCUACAUCUAUUGGCGUCUGCUCUCUACCGAUCCAGUUGCCGCUAAGGAAGUGGUUCUGGCCGAGAAGCCUCUGAUCUCUGAGGAGACAGACUUGAUUGAACCCACACUGCUGGAGGAGCUCAUAUGCCACAUUGGCACUCUGGCAUCAGUCUAUCACAAGCCACCCAGCGCUUUUGUGGAGGGCAGCCGCGGCGUUCAGCAUAAGAGACUUCCUGGCAGUGCUGGAUCCGGGGAGAGUGUGGAAAGCCCAGACACAGGUUCCGCUGCUGUCACCUCUGAGAACCCCCCUGCUGUCAUCCCAUCCCAGGGAGACCUUUUGGGAGAUCUUCUCAAUCUGGACUUGACACCUACAUCCACAACUGGACCACCACCACCGUCCUCGGGCAUGCAGAUGGGGGCUAUGGACCUUCUUGGAGGAGGACUGGAUAGCCUGAUGGGGGAUGAGUCCGAGCCGCCGCCCAUUCCCCAGAGGACGGACACCCCUCAGUCACCAAAGCCCACCCAUCAGUCCCCAUCGCCCCCAAAUUACAGCCCCACAGAGCUUGGUGGAGACCUUGGAGGAAGCCCUGCUAUGACGUCUGGUUUUGGUGCUCCGCCUGCUGCAAUUCCGGCUCCUUUCUCCACUCCUGUGAGUGGUGGUCUGGAUGACUUGUUUGACCUUGGAGUUGGAGUUGGUAUGCCAAUGGGAUCUUUUGUACCCCCUAAAACUGUUUGGCUUCCAGCAAUGAAGGCAAAGGGUCUGGAGAUAUCAGGCACUUUUGGCCGCCGGGCUGGGGUCAUUCAAAUGGAAAUGACCCUCACAAACAAAGCAAUGAGUGUUAUGACUGAUUUUGCUAUUCAAUUUAACAGAAACAGUUUCGGUUUGGCUCCAGCGGGUCCUCUCCAAGUUCUUACUCCAGUCAGCCCAAACCAGAGUGUAGAAGCGGUCCUUCCUCUCAGUAAUGUGGGACCUGUCAUGAAGAUGGAGCCUCUCAAUAACCUGCAGGUGGCCGUUAAAAACAACAUAGACGUCUUCUACUUCAGCUGCCAGUACCCCAUCAGCAUGCUCUUCGUGGAGGACGGGAAGAUGGAGCGGCAGGUGUUCCUCGCCACAUGGAAAGACAUUCCCAAUGACAACGAGUCCCAGUUUCAACUCAAGGACUGCCAUCUCAAUGCAGAUGCUGCUUCAAGCAAACUGCAAGGGAGCAACAUCUUCACCAUCGCUAAGCGAACCGUGGAGGGUCAGGACAUGCUAUACCAGUCAAUGAAACUCACCAAUGGAAUUUGGGUGCUGGCCGAGCUGAGAGUGCAGGCUGGGAUCCCCAACUAUACGGUUUCCCUGAAGUGCAGAGCUCCCGAAGUUUCCCAGUGUGUGUUCCAGAGCUACGAAGCUGUGCUGAAGAACUGAGAAAGCAAAAACACAAAACACUGAUGGGCCAAACGGUGUCUUCCUCCUAAGCCUUUUGGCCCAUAUCACUCUAUCAUGCAGUGUAGUUUGUCUUUUGUCCAGUUCUCGAUUUUUCAGGUGCAUCUUUUAUUUGAGACUGCACAUUUAUCUUGCUGGUUUUCUCAUCAAUGAUAGUUUUUUCCCUACCUAAUUUAACGUGUUCUGUAUUAAAUAGCCAGGAUGUUCCCUGCCUGAGUCGCCUCAUCAUCUCGACUGCUUCUGUGGCUAAGAGGCGUUAAAUAGCCUUAGAGCUUUGCGACUUGUCAUGUUUUUAGUUUGCAAUUUGCAGUUUUCGAACUGCGAUAUUCAAUGCAGGCUUUAACUCUUCUUCUGUGAGUAUUAGGGGGAGGUCAGCUGUCUUGGCUACAUCAUGUUGUUUCUUUCACAUUUACGUUCAUAUCUGGAUUUUUUUUUUUUUUUUUUCUUUAGACUGAAGCAGCCCUCUGCUGCCUAUUCUAGUCAUUCCAUUUUUUUUUGUGGAAAACUGGUCCAGAUGUUGAGGAGCGAGUCUUAUUUGCAUUUAGGCACCACUGUGGCCUGAAAAGAUGUAGAUUGAGGAGAAAUGAUGAAGUUGUGGUUUGUAACACUGAAGCAAUCAGUGUGCAUGUUAGCAUGGCUGUUCAGAACAACACUCUGUGUCACCCUCAUACUCUGCAGAUUAAUUGAAGUCCUUUUUUUCCUCCAGUCAAGGCACUGAUGCCCUUUUCUUCGGAUGUAAGCAUCAUUCACCUUCUUUAUCGAUCGAUACACAGGUGGCCGUGAUGGACAGCCGCUGUAAGAAAUAAUGUUGGAUCGUGUGUUUCUUUUGAUUGACAUCAUUUUGUUCUUUGUGUGUAUAUCAUCUAAGAGAAAUAAUAAAAAAUAUUGAUCAAUUCA